AGCGCUGGCUCGAGCCCUGGUUACCCCGCUUUGUCCCUUCAGCAUGAAGCGCCCAGCGGCUGCUUCAGCUGGGGCCGUGAGCAAGAAGCCUGCUAGCGGCACCAAGACGCUGAGCUUCCCCAAAAACUUCCUUUGGGGCAGCGCCACUGCAGCGUACCAGAUCGAGGGCGGCGCCUUUGAGGGGGGGAGGACCGCCUGCAUUUGGGACACCUUUUGCGCGCAGCCUGGGAAGGUGAAGAACGCGGACAACGGCACCAAGGCCUGCGACCACUACCAUAAGUUCAAAGAGGACGUGAAGCUUAUGAAGUCGCUGGGCCUGCCGGCCUACCGCUUUUCCAUCUCCUGGUCCCGGCUGCUGCCCACAGGUAGAGGGGACCCGAACCCUGAGGCAGUCAAGUUUUACAAUGAUCUGCUUGACGAGCUGAAAAAGGCCAAGAUCAAGCCCCUAGCGACCAUCUACCACUGGGACCUGCCCCAGUGCCUUGAGGACGAGUACGAUGGAUGGCUCAGCCGCAAGGUAAUCGAUGACUUUGAGCACUACGCUGCCACGUGCUUCUCUUGCUUCGGAGAGAAGUGCAAGGACUGGAUCACCUUCAAUGAGCCAUGGUGCUCCACGGUGCUGGGCUAUGCGAAUGGGGAGAUGGCCCCCGGCAAGAAGGAGAAACCCGACACCGAGCCUUACUUGGCGGCACACCACAUCAUCCUCUCCCACGCAAAAGCAGUCAAGCGCUAUCGCGACGAGUUUAAGGAGAAGCAGGGAGGGCAGAUUGGCAUCACUCUGAACAUGGAUUGGAGGCACCCGCUGACAGAGGAGGAGAAUGACAAGGCCGCGGCGCAGCGAGCGCUGGACUGGCAGCUGGGCUGGUUCGCGGAUCCCAUUUGGAAGGGCGACUACCCGGAGACCAUGCGGAAGCGCUGCGGCGACCGGCUCCCGAGCUUCACGGCGGAGGAGAAGGAGCUCAUCAAGGGCACUUCCGAGUUCUUCGGGCUGAAUCACUAUUCCACUGCCUAUGUUUGCGCCCCAAAGGGGCAAGCGAAGACCGUGUCCAUGUGGGGCAAUGUGCAAGCCGGUGGCUACUUUGACGACCAGGAGGUCGAGCUUGUUGACGACCCUCGGUGGGGCCGCAGCGACAUGGAUUGGGGCGUGGUGCCCUGGGGGCUGAAGCACAUGUGCGAAUACAUCCAGAAGGAGUACGAGCCCGAAGGAGGGAUCCUCGUCACUGAGAAUGGCUGCGCGGUGGCCGACGACGAUGUGAAGGUCGCGAAGAAGGACACCUUUCGCGUGGAGUUUCUCCAAGGCUAUAUCGCCCAGAUGCACAAGGCAAUUCAAAAUGGGGCGGAUGUGCGUGCCUACUUCGCCUGGUCCCUCAUGGACAACUUCGAGUGGGCUCUUGGGUAUUCAAAGCGCUUUGGGAUCAUCCACAUUGACUAUGAGACUCAGAAGAGGACGCCCAAGCAGUCCGCCAAGAUGUUUUCGGAGGUCGCACAGAAGAACAAGCUCACCUUGCCCACUGCCGUGCUGAACGACUCUGACUUUGUGAUGAUCGAGCCUGGGGCAGGGCGGGCGACCACCAAGGAUGCCCCGCCCGGCCAGAAAGAAUGAGAUUUGCAUGACUAAUGAGGCUAGUACCGCUGGUGGAAAUGAGGCCAGCCAAACAAUUCAGUGUUUUCACCGGGGCUGUGACAAGCAGCAGGAACCUCCGGUCCAAGCACUGCUGACAGCUUCCAUUGACUGCCCCCGGCGUUCGAGGGCCAUAUGAUUGAAUAAAUUACACCAUAGCCCACUGCUGGCGGAGAAA